AUUAUUCUCAUCAAAAAUAUUCCUCUCUACUUUCCUUCUAUCUUUCUUCCUUUCCCUUUGCCAAAAUUGAAUACUACUACUACAUCUUCAAUUUUUUUAUGUGAUUCUCCACUAACAAAAAACUUUAUAAAAGAGAAUUUUUAUAGAUCAUAUUCAAGAAUUUUGCUAUGAAUUUUUCUUCAAUUCCAGCUUAUCUUGAUCCAGCCAACUGGCAACAACAAAGUGGAAGUACUAUCCAAAAUCAUCAUCAUCAACAACAACAACUUACAUCUGCACCACCGCCGCCAGUACUACCACCUUCUCCAGUAGUAGUACCACUGCAGCCUCAUGGCGGCGGUGGUGCAGGUUCUAUUAGACCGGGCUCGAUGGCUGAUCGAGCCCGGAUGGCUAACAUACCUAUGCCUGAAACAGCCUUAAAAUGCCCUAGAUGUGAUUCAGCAAACACUAAGUUUUGUUACUUCAACAACUAUAGUCUCUCACAGCCUAGACACUUUUGCAAGGCUUGUAAAAGGUAUUGGACUAGAGGUGGCGCUUUGAGAAGUGUACCCGUGGGUGGAGGAUGCAGGAGGAACAAAAGAAGCAAUAACAACAACAAGAACAGUAACAACAACAACAACAAUAAUAGUUCUAAAUCUCCGGCUUCUAGUACUAGUACUGAUGGUCGUCAAGGUACUAACAACUCGGGUUCUUCAACUACAAUUUCAUCUCAUAGUAACAGUUUUUCGGGUCCAGCAUCAGCAACUAGUUUGUUAGGGCUUAUGAGUCCUCAAAUUCCGCCUCUUCGUUUCAUGUCUCCUUUAGGUCAAUUUAGUUCUGAUCAUCAUCACCACCACCAUUUUACUCCGAGUAACCAUAUGAACUUGAAUUUUUCUACAAGUUCAUGUGGUAACAUAUUAGGUGGGACCACUGAAGGCAUGAUGGUUAAUAACAACAAUAUGCUUGGUGCUGGUGCUGGUGCUGGUGUUGGGGUUGGGGGUCAUGUUGCUUCGCUUUUAUCAAGUGGAAACCUUGAACAUUGGAAGAUGCAACAACAAUUCCCUAAUUUCUUAGGUGGAUUUGAUCCAUCUAAUUCGCCUUCUUCUUACCCCUUUCAAGGGGGGGUGCACGAGGCAGUACAAUACCUUGGUGGUGAGAGUACGAGUCAAAUUAGUAGGCCAAAAAUCUCAACUUCAAUGCUAAAUCAAAUGGCUUCGGUGAAGAUGGAAGACAACAACAACAACAGCAACAAUAACAACAAUAAUAAUAAUCAAGAUCAAUCAUCUUUAUCAAGGCAAUUGUUGGGGAUUCAAGGAAAUAAUGAAAAUUGGAAUACUAGUGCUAAUGCUUGGAGUGAUCUUUCAGCUAGUUUUAGCUCUUCUUCCCCUAGUAAUGCCUUAUAAUUAUUGAAAUUCGAGCCAAAUCUUAUACUAAUCUUCUUUUAUCACUCAGCGGUCAUUCAGAGGUCUUAGCUGGUAAUAUGAAUUGACUCACUAGUCGAAAUGUUUUAUCAACAAAAGCAUCUAGUGAACAUGGAAUUAACUCGAACAAUGGGAACAAAAGAAUAUCAAUCGAUCAUCUGAAAACCCUAGAUUUGGUAGUUCUUUUUUUUUCCAAGUGUUUUAUUUAGAUUUAUUUGUAGUUUGUAUUGUAAUGUGUUAGAACAUGUUUGGAGUGAACUUUUUUUUGAGUUUUUUUUUUUUUUUGGUAGCUUUUGUGUAGACAUGAAGGUCUAAUUUUCAAUGUAAUUUGGUUCUAGGUGUUGGGCUGUAAAGAUGAUCAUAUGGCUAACAUUUCUAAUGGUAUAUCUUCAUGUUUGAAA